CAGCUGUUGUCAGUUCAUUUGCGAGAGUCGUUCAUAACAUAUGUGAGACUAAGUGCCGCAAAAUCGAUUUAUAUGUGAAAUAAAAAAAAAUAACAAAAAUAAUAUAGAAAGCAAUAGAACACUAGGGUUAUUACCUAUGUAUAUAUUAAAUAGCCAAAAAUUUUGUAAUUAUGAAUUGAUAAAGGAAAUUGGGCGUGAGUGCCGACAUUUAAUGUGCAAACAAAUAAUAUUUUGAAGUGAUAAAUUAUAAUUAGAUACUAUAUGACAAAUAUACAUACAUAUAUAAAUUAGAAUUAAAAGCACUUGAUUCGGUCGUUUUAUGAUUAUUUGAUGGCCAAAGUAGGUUGGUAGCUAGGUCAUUCGGUGUGUGCAAUUUGCAUUGUUAUGACGCUCACGAGAAUAUGGUAAAGCGUUUUUUGAGUUUUUAACCGUGGAGCCAACAAUUAUAUAUAAGUACAUACAUACAUACAUGUUCAUAGAACUGUGCACGUAGUGCAAAUAGCAAGCAAAGAAAAACAAAAAGUGAAACAGGGAUUACCAAAGUCAGCUGCGCAGUUGUAACUGAUAAGAGGUACCAGACUGAAGUACGUACGAGCGGCGGCGAGUGCAGCAAAGGAAACAGCUGACUGAUUCAUACGCGAGGCAGUAGGUAUUAAAAUAAAAUGGUGAAUGUCGGGAAAGUAGGGGUGGAGGUGGGGUCAGCGCUUUCGUAAUCACUUCGUUGUUGUUAUGGUUUCGGUUGGACUCGCUUUAUUGCUGAGAUAACCGUUUCGUUUGGUGUGAAUGGACACACACUCGCACAUAUUACAAAAACAAAUACUAUAUCACUGGUGAUAGGAGCUACAAUUAUCCAGGCAUGGACUUGUGCAUAACAACAAUUGGAACUCAGUGCUAAUAGACGGCAAUAAAACUAUAAUUACGCAUAGUAAUUUAUACAUGUGAAUAGGUGGAAAACUAAGUACAUAGUGCAUACCCAUAAUAAAUAUAUUUUAAAUUAAACACCAUGCAAAUAUUGUUGGAGUUGAAUUUUAGACAACGCAACUCCACCCGUGUGGUCAUACUUCUUUUUGGAUUGUUCGCAUUCAUAUUGUUCAAAGACAGUACUAAGGGAUGUCUGUUUUUGGGCGCUGCAUUGGCAUUAAUGUUUAGGAACCCGACGUAUGUGUACGCUUUCGGGACUACGGUUAAGCGUGAUAUUAUAGCUGGAUAUCGUUUUCUUAGAAUGAACAUCUUCAUUAUGCAUAUGGAACGAAAUCAAUGGACAAUAGCGCGCAUAUUUCAAGAACGCGUGAAGAAGCACCCGAAAAAGCCAUGUUUUAUAAUGGACGAUCGAUCGCUUAGUUUUCAGUGGAUAGAGAACCAUACAAACAAAGUAGGUGCAUAUUUCAAAUCACAAGGCCUGAAACAUGGUGAUUGUGUAGCUCUAAUCAUGGAGACCAGACCCGAGUUUGUGUGCUUGUGGCUUGGUCUCUCAAAGAUCGGUGUCGUAACAGCUUUAAUUAAUUCAAAUCUGCGAUGCGAUAGCUUACUGCAUUCCAUCAAAGUAUCAAAAGCCAACAUAAUAGUUUUUGGAACAGAGCUCAGUAAGGCUUUGGAAGAAAUCCACGAUGAGGUGGAAAUCAAAACCUUGCCAAUUUAUCAAUUUAGUGAUGAAGAACAACGAGAUAAUGAUAAUUUUAAGCUUUUUAAAGGUGCUAUUGAUCUAAGCGCCGCCCUAGAGCUACAACCAAUCGAGGAUCUGAGCGCGGACAUUGCUGCUUGCAGUACAAUGGACAAAUUAUUAUUCGUAUAUACCUCUGGCACUACGGGAUUACCAAAGGCAGCAGUAAUAAAUAAUUUACGAUAUCUAUUUAUGGCUAGCGGAAUCUAUCAUAUGCUAUCUCUUAACGUUAGCGACGCUAUUUAUACUGCGUUGCCACUGUAUCACACGGCUGGAGGUAUUGUCGGGGUGGGAAAUGCUCUAAUUCAUGGCUGUACCAUUGUCAUGCGAAAAAAGUUUUCAGCAUCAAAUUUCUGGAAGGAUUGCAUUAAAUAUAAUUGCACUGUAGCUCAAUAUAUUGGUGAAUUGUGUCGGUAUCUGUUGUCCACUUCACCAAAACCGGAAGAUACACAACACCGACUACGCUUGAUGUACGGCAAUGGGUUGCGUCCACAAAUUUGGUCACAAUUCGUAUCAAGGUUUAAUAUUCAGCAUAUUGGCGAGGUCUACGGCUCUACAGAGGGCAAUUCCAAUCUCGCCAAUGUCACCAAUCAAGUAGGUGCUGUGGGUUUCGUGCCACUAAUUGUGCGUUACCUCUAUCCAGUGCAGAUCAUUAAAUGUGAAGAGGAAACUGGCGAGCCCAUUCGCAAUACGAGUGGGUAUUGCCAAAGAUGUUCGCCGGGAGAGACAGGUUUACUCGUUGGUAAAGUGAAUCCUAAACGCGCGGUGACUGCAUUCAAUGGGUAUGCCGACAGAGAAGCAUCCGAGAAGAAAUUGCUGCGAAAUGUAUUCAGCUCAGGGGAUAUCUUCUUUAAUUCUGGCGAUAUGGUAGUUGUAGACAUCCUCGGUUAUUUCUACUUCAAAGAUCGUACUGGUGAUACAUUCCGUUGGCGUGGCGAAAAUGUCGCAACACAAGAAGUGGAAGCGAAUAUUACUAACGUGAUUGGUCUAAAAGAUUGUGUUGUUUAUGGGGUGGAUAUUCCCUACGUUGAAGGCAAAGCUGGUAUGGCAGCUAUAGUUGAUCCUGAUCGCAAAGUGGACAUGCAACAUCUAUCAGCUGGCGUUCGGGGCAGUUUGCCAGCCUAUGCGCGACCGCUUUUUGUUAGAUUAAUGAACGAUAUACCACGCACCGCUACUUUUAAACUGAAGAAAAUAGAGCUUUCCAGAGAAGCUUUCGAUAUUCGUCGAAUCAAAGAUCCGAUAUAUUACUUGAACAAAGAUGGUAUAUAUCGUUUGUUGUCGGAGAAACAGUUUGAAGAUCUUUUGCAGGGCAAAGCCGGACUGUAGCAUGGCACCUUAGCAGUGACCCAUCUUUCCAAAUUAUUAUGCAUACAUACAUGUUUUGGAGAAAUCAGGUUACCUUGUAUAUACAUAUAUAGAGUGGAUGAAAUAGCUUUGUUGAACAAUUUAGCAAAUAAUUCAAGAAGAACCUAUAAAUCUAUGUAGACUGAAUUUUAGAUAAUUCCAAACCAUGACUUAAGCAGUUCUUUGCUUUGACACAAUACUAUUUUAGGAUCUUUAAAUAAUAGUUUCAUUUUUACAAAUAGUAUGCAAAAUUUUUUUACUAAUAUAAUUUACCCUGUUAUAUUGUUAUGGAGAGUCUCUUUUCCGCUCCAUUGAUGUUAUAAUAAACAAAUGGAUCGAAAAUAAUAAUGUUUACCAACUUUAGUACAAGUUUACAAUGCAAUAUUAAUAUGAAACCUAAGAAUGUAAUACAAUUGGACAUAAUUAAUAAUUAUUAUUCAUCACUGCAAACUUCUAAUAAAACGUGAUAUGUACAUACAUAAACAAAAUUAAUACAAAUUUGUUACUUUAAUACCAAUAAUUUGAAAGCUUAAGGCAUCCUAUGUAAUAUUUUUUAUUUUUUAAAUAAAUAAAGAAGAAGAUACAGAAUUUACAAAAAAA